AAUCGAGACUCAAAAUGGCGAUUCGAUUAUAACCUCGAAUUUUUUGUAUAAUCGAUCUCUUUUAUAUCUGUUUACAAAAUAAAUAUAUAAACAAAAUAAUUAAUCGUCAUUAUUAUUAUUUAUCAAUAAUUAGGUAAUUGAUAAUGAGUGAAAUUGAGUGGCCUUGGCAGUAUAGUUUCCCGCCAUUUUUUACAUUACAGCCUCAUGCUGAAACAAAAGAAAAACAAUUGUCAGCAUGGACAAGUUUAGUUUUAAAUUAUUACCAGACAACGAAACAAUCAACUUUAGAUACAAGAGAAAUUCAUUCUAGUCCAUUAUUUAAUAAUACAGCAAUUAAAAGAAAAUUAUCACCAGAAGUGGUACAACUGAUACUAGAUAAUUUACAAAAAUCAGGCAACGCAACGGCUCUAGACAAAUCAAAACAAAGAUGGUUGAUUCACUGGCAUACUCUAGAAGAAUGGGGUAAUAUUGUCUAUACCUGGGCACAAGACAAUGGAUUCAUCAACAGCGUUUGCACACUAUUUGAAUUAACUCAAGGAGAAAAUACUGUCGAUCAAGAAUUUUAUGGACUUGACACCGAAGUUAUUUUGAGAUCACUUAGAACAUUAGAACCACAAGGUAAAGCUGAAUUAAUUAUUUUUGAUGAUAAUCAGGGCGUUAAAUUUUUCUAAUUAUUAUAAUUAAUUAAUUUUAAUAAACAACAAUUUAUUUUAUCGAUAAAAUGUCUUUAUUCUUUUACAAUUUUCGUACACAUUAAUUAUUAAUACAUUAAAAAAAAAAAAAAGAAAAUAUAAUUAAUAUUUAUUACAGUUCAUAAAAUUAAAAAUAUUAGCACCAUUAAUCAGCAUUUUAAUUAAUAUAUUAAUUAUAAAAUAAAUCGAACAUUUAGACGAUAAAGAAAAAAAUUAAGCAUCGAUAUAUUUUAAGUAAUUAAUUACAGUAUAUAUUUAUUUAAAUAAAAAAUCAAAAAUCGCCAUUGGAAUAUUUUUAUCGGCUUAAUUAAAUAUUAAUUAAGUUUUUAAUAAACUGAACACAUCUAUCUAAUUAAUAGGUAUCGAAAAUAUUUAAAUGUCUACUUUAUAUAUUUUUAUUGUAUGUACAUAGUAUAAAUUUUUUUAAAAAUUAUUUUGUUCCCAUGACGUUCUUUGGCGGUUAUUUAGUUUAUUAUUUUAACAGACUGGGGGCUUUGAUAUUUUUUUUUAUUAAUUAUUAAUUUAAAUAAAAGCCCGUAAUUUUUUUUUAAAUUUGAUUAUUUAUGACUCAAUUAUAUUUUUAAAAUAUUUAACACGAGUUUUGAUUUAUGAAUACAAUGGCAGUUGAAGAAUUUAUUUAAUAUAUGAAUAUAUAUAAAUUUUAAGUACCGUUAGUACUCAUAUUGUGUAUAAUUAAUUGAGUGAAUAAACUUUUAAUUAACAGAUAAUUACAAUAAGACAUCAGUAAACUCGUGGAUAAUUCUUGUUGCGUAUUAAAAAAUAUGGCAAGAUAAAUGAGUAUUUAAAUAUUUAUAUUUCUUAUUAUUUUAAAGAAAUAGUAACUGGUAAAUUAGCACCGGAACGAUGCUUACGAUGUAAGUAUCUUGCAGGACUCAAUAAAUAUCCGUAUGGAUAAUCAAAAUUUUAAACAUUAUAAUGUAUAAUAUUUAAAAAUAAUAUUAUCUAUAUUUAUUUAUUUAUACUUCGGUUUUACUCAAGUGCGUAAGUUCAACAGCUUCCUCUUGCUGUUUUGCUGUGGCUGCAUCGAGCUCACCUCUGCUCAUUUUUUCAAUAAUACAAGCCCCAAGUGCGUCACAAACUACGUUUAUUGUCGUUCUGAAUCGGUCU